AUGCCGCUUUCCCGACUUUCGGUACCUGCAGACUUGUGGAAAGCCAGUCGACGAUUUCAGUCUGUUGCUCCUUUAUUAAAACCGAAAAGGGAUGCUAUUCGGGCUUUAAUCAAUCAAAUUGAAAAAGAGAAAGGAGCAGCAAAAUUACCGUUCGUUGACACACAUGGACGUGUUCACAGUUACCUCCGGAUAUCACUUACUGAAAAGUGUAAUCUCAGAUGUUUGUACUGCAUGCCUGAAGAGGGAGUACAACUUACACCACCAUCAAACUUGUUGACUUCAGAUGAAAUUGUCAGACUUGUUGAAUUAUUUGCUAGUCAUGGUAUAGAUAAAAUUAGGUUGACAGGUGGAGAACCGACGAUAAGAAGAGACAUAGUCGAGAUAGUAGAAAGGAUACGAAACAUUGACGGGAUCGUGGAUAUAGGGUUGACAUCAAAUGGUAUAGUACUUGCGAAGAAGUUACGUCAACUUAAAGAAGCUGGUCUCACAAAGGUAAACAUAAGUCUAGAUACGUUAGUUGAUCAUAAAUUUACGCUAAUGACUAGAAGAAAUGGUUUUGCAAAAGUUAUGAAGAGCAUCGACCUCGCUGAAGCAUUGUUCCCCACAGUGAAGAUCAAUACGGUGGUGAUGCGAAAUAUAAAUGAUGACGAAGUGAAUGAUUUCGUUAAUUUGACGAAAAAUCGCCGAUUAGAUGUUCGAUUUAUCGAAUAUAUGCCAUUUGGUGGGAAUCACUUCUCGACGAAAAAAUUCAUUGAUUUUAAAGCACUUCUUGCUAUUAUCAACCAAAAGUACAACGGAUUAGUCGAACGCUUGCAGGAUGCACCACAUGCCACCACUAAGGCUUUCAAAAUAGCUGGGUUCAAAGGGCAAUUCGGAUUCAUCACCUCAAUGAGCGAUCAUUUUUGUGGUACGUGCAAUCGCUUACGCAUAACGGCUGAUGGAAAUCUCAAGGUAUGCCUCCACGGAAACGCGGAAGUGAGCAUGCGAGAUCUUCUUCGAAGACAUGCUUCUUCGGAUGAAAUCUCCGACGUGAUUCAGAAGGCUGUUACAAGAAAAAAGAAGCAACACGCGGAUUAUAGGGAUGGAAAAUCUCCAACAUAUGCCCAAUCGGCCUAUGAUUCUCAUUGGAGGAUAACAAAAUGCGACUUGUAUUCUUCUGUAAUUACAAGUUCUUUAUCUCGUCUGCUUCCUUUUGUAUCAAACAUAUCUACAAUUCGAUUGUGUUCAAAAGCGUCUCACAUCAGCAACGGCUUCUCACAUGUUUCAAAAGACGGGUCCGCAAAGCAGGUUGACAUUUCUCAUAAGCCGGUUUCAUUCCGAGAAGCUGUCGCCGAAGGUAAAAUUAAGUUAACACAAGAACUCGUCCACCAGAUCAAAAACAACACGUCAAGGAAAGGCGAUGUCCUGAAUAUUGCCCGAAUAGCGAGCGUGAUGGGAGCGAAACUUACCGCGAGUCUCAUACCACUUUGUCAUAACAUAACCAUCAGUUAUGUGCACACAGAGUUUCGCCUUGAUGAGAAUGAGUGCGUUCUUUUCAUUCGUACAACUGCAAGAACAACUGCAAAUACUGGAAUUGAAAUGGAAGCACUUACCGCAUGUACUAUAGCUGCACUUACAGUUUAUGACAUGUGCAAAGCAGUAACACAGGAAAUGGUAAUCAGUGACAUACGUCUAAUUUCGAAAAGUGGUGGUAAAACAGAGUACAAAGCCGUCUCCAACUUCUGA